UAUUGCUUUUAAUGCAGUUAAAUAUCCGAGUUUUGGGCCCGCGAUUGAAUCUAUUGGGCAAUAUGGCCCGGGCAUGAAACCACCAAGUUACCAUGAGACACGGGUCACCUAUUUGAAGAAGGAGGUGAUUAAUGUAAAUACUUUGAUGAAGGAUCACAAAGAGGAUUGGGUGAAAUAUGGAUAUGCUCUAUAAUGGUGGAUGGAUGGAAUGAUAGGAAUCAGAGGAGCUUAAUCAAUAUUUUGGUGAAUUGUCCAAAGGGCACAAUGUUUAUCGAGUCCAUCGAUACCUCAAGCUAUUCUAAGGAUGGAAAAAGGUUGUUUGAACUUUUUGACAAGUAUGUGGAACUCGUCGGUGAACCCAAUGUAGUCCAAAUUGUCACAGAUAGUGCCUCGGCUAAUGUAUCGGCUGAUAAGAAUUUUAUCUAUUAUAUUUCAUACUAAGUGUUAAACAUUUGUAGAUUGUACUUUAUAGUAAUACUUUCUUUUUUGUUUCAACAUCUAAUAGGAAAGUUUUUGCAAAGAAAGCGACCAAUCUUUAUUGGACACCAUGUGCGGCCCAUUGCAUUGACUUGAUGUUGGAAGAUAUUUUCAAGAUACCACAUCUUAAGGCGGUUUUUGAAAAGGCCAUUAGGUUUAAUGGUUAUAUUUAUGCCCGUCCAGGCGUAAUUAAUAUGAUGAGGCGAAUCAGGCGAUUUACCGGAGAAAAGGAAAUGGUGAGGCAUGCAAAAAUAAGAUUCGCAACUGCUUUCCUCACUUUAUCUAGGAUUCAUCAACAAAAGAACAAUUUGAGGAAGAUGUUCAUUUCAGAAGAAUGGACAUCUAGCAAAUGGGCAAAGGAGCAGUUAGGCAAAGAAGUGGCAAGAUAUGUUAUGAUGGCUUCUUUUUGGAAUAAUAUUGUCUAUGCUCUUAAGGUCUCUGGUCCUCUUGUGAAGGUGUUGAGAUUGGUUGAUACCGAGAGAAAGCCUCCCAUGGGAUACAUCUAUGAGGCUAUGGAUAGGGCAAAAGAAGCCAUAGCCAAAUCAUUUGGUGAAAAGGUUGAAAAAUAUCAAGACAUCUAUGCUAUUAUUGACAAUAGGUGGGCAAUCGAAUUGCAUCGUCCUUUGCAUGCUGCGGGACAUUUUUUGAAUCCGGAGUUCUUUUACUCAAACCCACAAGUUGAGCAAGAUGUUGAGGUUAUGACAGGGAUUUACGAUUGCAUAACAAAGUUGAUUGCAGAUGAAGAGAUACAAAAUAAAAUCACUUCUGAGAUGACUGUUUACAUGAAAGCUGAGGGACUUUUUGGACUGCCACUAGCAAUUAGGCAAAGAAAUACAAGGGCACCAGCUGAUUGGUGGGUUGCAUAUGGUUCUACGACGCCUAAUUUGCAAAAGUUUGCGAUAAGAGUUCUUAGCCUUACAUGUAGUUCUUCCGGUUGUGAACGGAAUUGGAGUGUAUUUGAACAUCUCCAUAGCAAAAAAAGAAAUAGGCUCCAGGAAAAACGCCUCAAUGACUUGGUGUUUGUCAAGUAUAACAGGGCACUAAAACGUCGCUAUAAUAUGCUAGAUACAAUUGAUCCCAUUUCUUUGACAAAUGUUGAUGAAAGCAAUGAGUGGUUGCGUGGGAGGAUGGAUGGAGAAUCUGAUGAAGAUAAUGAGCAGGUGUUUGGUGAUGAUAGUUUAACGUGGGGUGAUGUUGCUAGAGCUUCUGGAGCGUUAGAGAGUUCCAAUGUAACUAGAGUUACAACGUCAAGAGCAUGAGCAAGGAGUGCCACAUCCAAUCCAAUUGAUUUGGUAGAUGAAGAAAAGGCAGGUUCCGAAGAGACGGAAGAAGAGGAAGAUGACGAGGGAUACAAAUCCGUUGGUGAAGAAGAAGAAGAUGAUGACGAUUUUCUUGGUGUUGAUAUGGACGAUGAUUAGUAAACUAUAUCCUCCUUAGGAUGAUUGAAGUGCAACUAGGAAAAGUACUUGGAUGCUUGUCUUUUAUUGAUUUUGACGUUUUAGUUUGUCUCUAUACGAGAUCGGUAGCUAUUUGACAUUUCAUUAAUAUUUUUAUGUAUCUUUUGGAUGGUAAACUCAUUGGCUUAGUGCUUAUUGCUUGAAAUAUUAGUGUGUGCUAUUUUUUUCUAUUUUUUUCCGCAUAUGUGCGCCUCGCUUCAAAAAGGCUCGCCUCUCGCCUCAAGCCCAACAGGACUUUGCGCCUCGGUGCACUUUUCGCUCGUGACAACUAUGGUCCGAUGCUUGGAAACAUACCUGCACUCGACACACAUACCUGAGUCCAAUGUUCUAAAACUCGCUAGGUGUUAGGUGAGCGAUUGACCACCUCCCACCUUCAAGGCCGAGUACUCGGCGCCUAGCAAUUACUCGGAUUUUUUUUAUUUUUCCCCAAAUGACAAAAUUAAAUACUUCAUUUAGAAUAUUGAUUAAUAGUGGAGACUUCUAAUACUGGCUUCUAAUAUUUUUGGCUUUUUGCAAUUGCUACCGAAGUGGAGCAACUACAAAAUGAAAUUCAAGAGCACCGUAGAGUGCUAAACUUCCUUUUGAGAAGUGUUAGAACAAUGGAUCCUGCAAGGAAAGAAGCGCACAUUCGGGUUACCAGAGAGCGCAUAGAGGGUUUGGAGGAGAGGCAGCAAGCUCUGCGGGCGGAGCGGGAAGACGUAAUUGUGUGUGUUGUCACCUGGGAGACUAGAAUAGAAGAGUCCGUCGACUCUAAUUGUGCCUCAUGUCGACUUUUUGCCGUUGAAUCCCGAGGAAAGAAGAAAAUGGACAAAAUUCCUUUUAAGGAAAGAAUCAAUAAGAGAAGGAACUCUCUCCCAAACAAGCUUGACAUGGAAGAAACAGGAAGGAAAAAACACAAUAACACAAUAACCCUAUAGAAGUAAACCCAUAACACUAACAUAGUAACACAGUAAUACUAUAGAAGUAAACCCUAACACUUUAAUACAGUAACACUAUAGAAGUAAACCCUAACACAUUAUACAUCUAUAACAGUAUAUUAACAAUAAUAAUAAACCAAAUCCUUUGUUAAGUGGAUUUUGUCAACUCUUGCUAUAAUUUCUCAUGGAGAUUUGCAGACAUCUUGUGUACAUCAAAAUCUAAACUACAACAACUAUCAGUGUUCUAAAAGGCGCUAGGCGCUAGGAGCUAGUCGGGCGGCAACCCACUGCCUAGCGCCUAGGCCGCCUAGACGCCGCCUUGCAAUUAUUAUUAUUAUUUUUUUGGAGUUUCUAUACCCUAGGUCUGCCCAGCCCCUAGCUGCCCAGCCCCGCCAAGUGCCUAAACAAACCGCCUAGGGGAAAAUCUUGGCGGCAACCCGCUGCCUAGGCCGCCUUUUAGAACACUGCCAGCUAUUGGGUUCAAAAGAUCUUGAUAUUAAUUGUACAACACAAGUAGAGAGAGAGAGA